UUCGAAUUUGGCAGGAGGUUCAAAAACAUUGACUACUAUGAGAUUGAGAUCAAACCAGUGGAUCUUGAGAUCUAUCCAGGCACAAAGACUCGUCAUGUUGGCUACAAUGGCAGUGUGCCAGGACCGACUUUCAUGAUGGAGAGAGGGCGCGAAGCCGUAGUCCGCUUCGUCAACCAUGCAGAUAGAGCCAACUCGGCNCGUGCCCCGUUCGAUGGAUGGGCCGAAGACACGACAGAAGUCGGACAGUAUAAAGAUUACUACUAUCCCAAUCGUCAGAACGCGCGGACCUUGUGGUAUCAUGAUCACGCUAUCGGCCAUACUGCCGCUGGCUUCUACAUCCUUCAUGACGCCGAGGAAAGAGCCAGUGGUCUACCCCAAGGCGAUUACGAUAUCCCGCUAGCCCUUGCUUCAAAACGUUAUAAUUCAGACUAUAGUCUCUGGAGCCCAGACGCCAACCACGAGACUACCAGUCUGUUUGGCGAUAUAAUCCACAUCAACGGACAACCUUGGCCCUAUUUUAAAGCCGAGCCUCGGAAAUAUCGGUUCCGUCUUCUCGACACUUCUGUCAGUCGAUCUUUCCAGCUUUAUAUCGAAGCCGACAAGCAGCCUGGAGCUCGUCUUCCAUUCUACGUCGUGGGUUCUGAUGCAGGUUUGCUCGGCGCUCCAGCACAGAUCACACAGCUGGAUAUCUCGAUGGCGGAGCGAUACGAGAUUGUCAUUGAUUUCGCUGGCUUCCAAGGUCAAAACAUCACCUUGAGAAACAUGAGAAAAGUCGCUGCAGACGAGGAUUACGCGGCAACGGACAAAGUGAUGCGUUUCGUUGUCGGUCAGACAGUGUCCAGUGAUGUGGGCAACGGACCUCUUCCGACAAAACUGCGCGACGUGCCAUAUCCCCCAAGUAAAACUGGUGUCGAUCGGACCUUUGAGUUUGCAAGAAGCAAUGGGGAAUGGCAGGUCAACGGCGUGACAUGGGCAGACGUCAAUGACAGAGUCUUGGCCACCCCCAAGCGCGGCGAUGUUGAAGUCUGGGAGUUACACAAUGGCGGUGGUGGAUGGAGUCACCCGAUCCAUAUCCAUCUCAUCGACUUUCAAGUCAUCAGCCGGACCGACGGCGAGCGGCAAGGAGUCAUGCCUUGGGAGAAAACCGCUCUCAAGGAUGUGGUAUGGCUGAACAAGAACGAGCGCGUUAGGGUCAUCGCCAGGUUCGCACCAUGGGAUGGUCUCUACAUGUUCCAUUGCCACAAUCUCAUCCACGAAGACCACGACAUGAUGGUGGCAUUUAACGUGACAAAGCUAGCAGAUCUUGGCUACUCCGAGAAGACCUCGAUGCUGGACCCCAUGGAACCUGCCUAUCGUGCCAAGUAUUUCCCUCCCAACGACUUUGUUGCGCGAACAGGUAACUUUAGCAACUCUGCCAUCGCUGACAAGGUCUCAUUUUUCCUGAGCAAGGAGGCCUAUGUCAAUGUAGUCCAAGCCGAAAAAGCUUUGGAGGACUAUUGGGCAACCAAAACGACACUAGCCACCUCUAUACUAUCGUCAACAAGAUCGAGCACGAGUACCAGCGCCCGCACAACUCGCCUCACCUCAUCCACUAGUACCAGCACGAGUCGUUCCACCUCAACUAAG